AUGAUCGAUCGGUAUAAACAUCAACAACUCCGAAUUGGAUUGGUUUCGCCUCAACAAAUAAGCGCUUGGGCCAAAAAAAUCCUACCGAAUGGAGAGAUUGUUGGCGAGGUGACAAAACCCUAUACUUUUCAUUACAAAACGAAUAAACCAGAAAAAGAUGGAUUGUUUUGUGAAAGAAUUUUUGGCCCAAUAAAAAGUGGAAUUUGUGCUUGUGGGAAUUAUCGAGUAAUCGGAGAUGGAAAAGAAAACCCAAAGUUUUGUGAACAAUGCGGAGUUGAAUUUGUUGAUUCUCGGAUACGAAGGUAUCAAAUGGGCUACAUCAAACUGGCAUGUCCGGUAACUCAUGUGUGGUAUUUAAAGCGUCUUCCUAGUUAUAUCGCGAAUCUCUUAGACAAACCCCUUAAAGAAUUAGAAAGCCUAGUAUACUGCGAUGUGUGA